AUGGACUUCUCAGUGAUUCCUGUUGGAGAUGUACAAAAUGUGCUUUCAGCUAUGCAGAAGAACUUGGAGUGCCCGAUAUGCUUGGAUGUGGUAGAAGAGCCAGUGUCAACAAAAUGUGAUCACAUAUUCUGCAGGUUCUGUAUGUUCAAACUCCUCAGCGAAAAGAAAAAAGGUGUGGUCCAGUGCCCUCUGUGUAAGACUGACGUCACCAAGAGAAGCCUGAAAGAAAAUUCCAGAUUUAAGCAACUAAUUGAAGGAUUCUUGGAAGUUAUCCGUGCAUUUGAGCUUGAUACUGGAGUAAAGUUUUUAAACAGCCAUCACUUUCCUAAAACAUCCACAGAAGCCACUGCGGCUGAGUUCCUGUGUAAAGAAAAUUCUGUCAUCCAAAGUAAAGGCUUCAGAAAUAGGAAAAAAUAUGCUGAAGAAAAUGGACAAGAAAACUGCAUCUUGCAGGAAGCUAAUGUGGACACACAGCUUACAGAUACCAGGAUCAAAAGGUGUUCCCUAAGAAACAAAACCCAGAAAUGUGACUCUGAAAAAAGGAUUUAUAUAGAGUUUGGCUCUGAUUCAUCUGAAGAACUUUUUAAACAGGCAAGCAAUACUGGGCUAGGAGGCAACAAAGCACUCCAGAUUUCAUUUCAAGAAAAGCUGGAAGAACUUAAGAGUGCCAAGAAAGGGAAUGAAUAUUCUUGUGAUACGCAGCCUGACAAGCCAGGUACUGAUGAAACGACUCCACCAGAUGUCAUAGAUGAAAGUAAUUUCUCAAAGGAAGGCUUGAGCAAGAAAAGCACCCAGAGCAUCACUGAAUACGCCAAACCUGGCCAAGUGAAUAUGACUGAAUACCAGAGUUCUCCUUUAAAUGUUCUUGCUGUAGACCUGCUCACAGAACAGUGUGACAGAAUAGGGAAUGCCAGUCCCUUAAGGAAUGUGGACACAUCUUUCUUUAAGAACACAAAAGAAAUGGAUGCUGAGCAAACUAAGUGCAAUAGUAAAAGCAAAGAGCUUGACUUAAAAGAUAGCUCAGAAAGUGGGUUGGAUAAAAGCAAGGAAAUAAAUGUUGUAAAAAGUGUGGAAGCUGUGGAAAUGUAUGAAGCUGAGAAUGAUUCUUUCCAUGAAAAAGCACUUCCUCUGGAGAAGGUACUUCAGCCAGAGACAGGUCAUGGUGCUACGCUGAAGGAAGUCUCUAGGAAGAGACUGAAGCAAAGCAUUCAGAAAGUCAAUGAAUGGUUUUCAAAAAAGAACAAGAUUCUGUCUUCCAAUUCUUCCCAGGAUGAUUCUGCUGGAGCAACUGAUGUUUCAGAUGAAGGAGAUACGUGUUUAUCAGAUAAAGAUUCCUGUAUUUCAGAAAAGACUGACUCUAUGGUAGAUUCCAUGGAAAUUACAGUGGUUGAAGGAAACCAGAGGCGGUCAAAACAAACAGCAGAUGACAUCAAAGACAAAAUAUUUGGGAAAACAUAUAAGAGAGAAAGGAAGUCACAUCCUCCUGUUACCUUGAGAGACGUUUUACCUACUACAACAAAAGAUGAUGUGGCUGCUGCUAAGUGCUUAAAUAAUUGCAGCAAAGAUGGACUAAAACGAAAAAGAAGGACUGCCCGUGUCCUGCAACCUGAGGAUUUCAUCAAGAAAAAAGAUACAGAAGAGGCAGAUGGCUGCCCUCACAGUGUUAACUGGUGCCUCGGAGAUGCUGAAGAUAAAAAAUGUGAUGAAAGUUCUGCUGUUAAUGAGAGUCACCUCUCUGAGAAUAGAAAGGAUAAUACACUAGCAGAAGUUGAGGAAGGAGGAGGAGGCAUACGGAAGAAAGCUACAGAAAAGGUAACUGGCAAGCACUGUGAUGGGGAGGUAGAACUGAGUAACUGUGAUCAGAAAAGCACUAAAAAAAGAAGUUCUGCAGCAAAUAGAUGCAGGCGUUCUACUAGAACCAUGUGUGCUCUACAGUUAGUGGAUAGAAACUCUGUUUCCCCUGAUCCAGUUGAGCCACAGAUUGAUAGCUAUCCAAGCAGUGAAGAACCAAGGAAAGCUGAUUCCAAGCAAAGACAAGUCAGGUGCAGCAGGAGGCUUCAAUUACUUUCUGAAGAAAUUACAAACGAAACAGGAAAAGGAGUAGAAAUUAAGGGACCAAGAAAGUUUGAUAGUGAUCAUGAAGGAUCUUUCUCUGGAGUCCAAAGAAAUGUGUUGGUUCACGCUUCUGAAUGCAAAGACUUGUGUGAGCCCCCAGGUACACUGAGUUACAGGCCACUCACUAAUCUGAAGGGUGGUGAUCUGGUAGCGAGUGAAAUACAGAUUAGCCUGAAGAAUACAUCUGACACUACAGAAGCUGGAAGAAGUCUCUUCAAGCCUACAUCUUCAUGUCAGCAUUCGAACUGUAGUUCCUUUGCACCUGAUGCAGGCUCUCAAGAGAGUGAAAUACAAGAUAGCCCUUUAUUCCUACAGCCUCCUUCAAUGGCUGCUGUGCAAACUGCUUCUCACCCAGCUCAAGACGGGACUGAAUCAUGUGCUACCUUUCCCCAGGAUGUUGGAUGUGAUAUGCAAAGUGUUCCAGGGGACUUCAAAACUGAAAAGCUGCCUAUGGCUAAAAAUGUUUUGGAAUUGACUAAGGAAGCUGAAGACAGUGAGUUAGACACACAAUAUCUGCGAAAUAUAAUCAGGCAUUCAAAACGCCAAUCAUUUAGCCUUUAUCCUACUCCUGUGAAGGUACAUGCAGUAGAAGAUCCUGCUUAUGAAACUUUAAAGGUACCACGUGCUGAUCAGGUAGAAAAGAAGCAUAGCAAAUAUUCAAAACCAGAAAACUUGCAAGAAGAGAAAACAACUGCUGAAAGCUUGAGUAGGGUUUGUGAGGAAGAGAAACUUAAGACCUAUGAAUCUGCUUGCGUUAGUCCCGUGUCUUGCUUUGUUGACAGCACUGAAUGUAUAUUCUCAGAGGAUUAUCAAGAUGUUUCACAGGUUGCAAAUCAAAGGACUCUGACACCAAAAAGAAUGGGUACUUCUAGGACUGAAGACAAAAACAGAUUGCAAAAAGGAGAGCAGGGAAAUGAAAAGACAGUGUCAGCUGACAUGGGGAUAGAGAGCGAGUUGAGACAGAAUCCAAUGAAAAGUAGUAGAAGCCAAAGUGAUCAGAGUAAUACAGAUGGGAACAUUUUCAAAGGAACAGUUUUAAGCACAGUUGAAGUAAGCUUCAGUUCAGAAAGCAAACAAGCAGGAACAGCCAAAGCUGUUGAUGGCAAAGGACCAAUACUACAUUUUCAGUCCAGAUCAAUGGUCUGUCCUGCAACUUGUCAGCAAAGGCCUACUGGACUCAGCUGCAAAGUCAUUGGGAAAAAAAGCAGCAAAAGGGAAAGAAAACAAGUGAAGGGGAAUGAAGAACAAGCAACCCAAACUGCUAGCACAGAGAUGCCUGGGUGUUUAGUUACAGACGCUCCAGAAGAACCUCUUAAAGGGAGCAGUGAUUUUACAGGUUUGUCUGAAACCCCUAAUGGCUUACUGUGCUCUGAUGACUCUGAAGAGAACACCAGCUUCUCUGAAACUGAUAGGAGAGAGAGAUCUGCUGUGUUUGUAAAAAGUGACAGUGCCCAAGCAAAAGAACUACACAAGAGCAACGUUAGUUCUCAGCCAAGAUCUCAAGGUAUUAAAAGAUCUCGAAGAAGAACAGCACAGAAACUGCAAUCUUCAGAUGAAGAAUCUAGUGAGGAUGAAGAUUUACCGUGUUUUCAGACAUUAAUAUUUGGCAAAUCAGUAAGCACUCCUUUGCAGAUCGAUAAACAAGUGACAUCUGUGGUAGAGUCUUCAGUAAGUCCCAUCACAUUGCCUCACAGUCAGAGUCAUGAUGAUAAUAUGCAGAGAAUGCCUGAAGCUGCCCUAAGUAGUGGGUGCAUUUCACCAAGUCAGGAGUCAGAGUGCUCUGUCAACUUAUUUUCUUCUCAGUCCAACAUGUCUGAAGAAUCAAUUGAUCAAGCACAAGAGCUGAAGAAACCUUUAAUACAAGCAAAUACAUCCAAACAAGUGAGUAAUGUAAAUGAGAAUAAAGAAACUUCCCAAAGUUGUGAUGGAGAGUUGAAGAGAAACAAAACUAACUUCAAAGGUGAAUGCCAAGAAGACCCGAACACGGGAGCAAACUUGGGUGAAGCAUCUGGUUAUGACAGUGAAACAAGUUAUGUAGAAGAUUCAUGUGGACCAUUCUCUCAGGGUGAAAUCCUUACUACACAGCAGAAGAGUGCUAUGCAAAAUAACCUAAAAAAACUUCAGCAAGAAAUGGCUGUACUUGAAGCAGCGCUGAAGCAGCAUGGAAGUCAGGACUGUGAACCUUUACCUAGCCAUAGGAAACUGCCACAUUCCAAUAGUGAAGGAAUACUUGGAAUGGAACAAAUGAGACAAGAAAGAUCAAGGUGCCCAGAAUUGUUGCUUCCAUCUUCUAAAUCCUGUUUGGUAAAGAGACCAAAUUUGGAGAAAGGCCUUCAGCGUGGCCGUGGUGUGAAGAACAAAGCUCCUUCUGAAAGGACAAAACCUGUGCAGGAAGCAGCGCAAGAAUAUCGUCAGUGUCAGCUUGAUGCAGAAAGUGCAGAUGAGCAGAAAUCUGGGACUAGGCUGAGCACCUCAUCUGCCUUAUCAAAACUCUCUGGAAAUGUGACCAGGUAUCCGAAUAACUCUUCCUCCUCUGGAAGGCUUCUUAACCCUCAAACUGCAGAAGCAACAAAUGGUUCUGUUGUAGCUCAGAAUGCCAAUAAAAGCUGUACUCAAGAAAGUAAAUUGAAGAGAAGCGUGUGUUUUCCUACAUCUGUUCUGCACAAUCCAGCUGGGAAGGAAAAUGCUGCAAGUCCAGUUGUGACUAGUGGGAAAGAAAUGUCAAUUGUGGCAUCAGGUCUGAAUCAAAGUGAACAUUUGGUGGUCCAGAAGUUUGCAAGAAAAACUCGAAGCACUUUAUCUAGUCAGAUUGCUGAAGGAACAACCCAUGUCAUAAUGAAAACAGAUAAGGAGCUGGUGUGUGAACGGACACUGAAGUACUUUCUGGGUAUUGCAGGAAGAAAAUGGGUAGUUAGUUAUCAAUGGGUAAUUCAGUCUUUUAAAGAAGGAAGGAUACUGGAUGAGGAGAACUUUGAAGUUAGAGGAGAUGUAAUCAAUGGGAGAAACCACCAGGGUCCUAAGAGGGCUAGACUGUCCCUGACUGAAAAGAUCUUUAAAGACUUUGAGAUCUGUUGCUAUGGACCUUUCACUGAUAUGACUACAGAACACCUAGAAUGGAUGGUGGAGCUUUGUGGUGCCUCUGUAGUAAAGCAGCUUCAUCUGUUCACACACACAACUAAUUCUACUGCUGUCGUGGUUGUGCAGCCAGAUGCUUGGAUGGAAAACACGGAUUACAGAGCAAUCCAACAAGAGAACAACGUUGCCAUGGUGACUCGCGAGUGGGUGUUGGACAGUGUUGCCUGCUAUGAGUGCCAGAAGCUGGAUGCUUACCUUGUGUCCUAG